GAGGGUGCACAUGCCCCGGUGUGAGGACGUAUGUUGGGUGUCGUGUUCAGUGGAGUUCAGUUUUGGGCUAGCUUUACACAAUGCCAGCCAGUGAACACUCCCGAAUAUCUGCAACGCCAUUCGUCCUCAGGCAAUUCCCAUUGGGAGGCCAGACAUUUGUGCGUCGAACGCAUCUCUAAUAUCAGUCCACAGUCCACUCCCACUGUGAGUAUUCCGCCACAGUGAAGUAUGCAGGAUUUGAGGGCUAUAAAACUCUUGUGCAUGACGGCGGUUAAUGUUUUUGUGGCAAACCGACGAUGGAAGAUCAUGAUUUUUUCUUUUGCUCUCCUGACUGUGCUCGCGCGGAUUCCUUGCGUACUCUAGGCGGUCAAGGUGACUGCCAUUACCGCAACAUCAUGCAGAAGGCAUGUGCCAACUCAGCUGCUCCAAAGCAUGCGCUAUCAAGGCGCAAAUCGGAGCACCAGCUUCGCAGAGUUUCAACCUCGAGGCAUGCUUCCGUGUCACAGCAUCCCCCGCAUCCCCCCAAUGCAUCGAAGGCCCUCCCCACAGUUGAAGAAAUCACGAGUUCUCUUCUCACUCAACAGGGGAGAUAUGAAGGCGAAGACACAUCUGUUUACAGUCCUCAGCGGCCCUUCGAGCCACGGAAUGAAUCCGUUGACGUACAACAAUCCCCUCUUCCUCAGCGGAACCUACAGUGCUCCUUGCCCUCUAAAUCAGGGCUUAACAAGGGCGUCCGUAGCUCGAUUUUUGCGAUGUUCCACAAAAAACAGACAUUCCAGCCUGAUACAAAGAUUCGAAGAGAGUCAUCAGUAACUGGAGCGAUAUUACAAGAAAUGGAAGAGGAAAUCGAGGAAGAGGCUGCUUCGCAGAGACUUCUGAACCACACGGAGGGCAGGUCAAGGCCCCCUACCUUGGUUCACCACCAAGUCAAACAGACCACUACUAUUCGGCAAUCAUGUGUCAUUCGUCGCUCAGCUUCGUUCGCAGGCUUGAACAGCCAAAUUGAAAAUCGGAACGGGGAAAGGGGAUCCGUAAUGGAGGCAGUGUUCCAACUUCGUCAAGCGUGGAACGAGACGGCAGACUUCACACCGGACUUUGAUGAGAGGUCAGACGAGGAGGAUUAG